GCGAGCCAGCCGUGGGCGGGCGGCGCCGCGCGCGUCGCUCGGGCGGGCGGCGCUCCAGUAGCUAGCCGCCGCCGCGCCAGUCGCACGUCCCGGGACUCCUCCACAGCCUUCAGCCGUCAGUGCCGCCGUCGUACGGUCCGUCGCCGCCGGCACAACAAACGCACGGUGCCUAAGUGUCUCAUUACCGGAGCGGGAUUGUCGCGCGGUUCCCGCAUACAAUACGUUGAAAAGCGGUUAAAUCGUGUGUACGUCUAAAAUAGAGAUAAACAUAUAACAACUGAACUGAAGCGCAAAAAGAAAAGGGUUCAAACUAGUAGUGGUGUUCCAAUAAUGUGGUCGGGCAGGCGCCCGGUGCGUGCGCGCGGGCCGUGCACUUAGCGAGAGAUGCGCGAGUGGUGGGGAGCGCGGGGUAACAUGCGCGCGUGCGCUGUGGCCGCGGUGCUAACCGUGUUAGCGCUGCGCUCGGCGGCCGAGCCCCCGCGCCGCUACCCCGAGUGGCGUGGCGGGCGCGAGCUGCAGCGCCGCCCGCUGCACGAGCUGUUCGAGCCGGACGCGCCCGCGGACGCGGAGCCGUACGCGCCGCGCCGGCAACGCAACAACAAGCGCGCGCCGCACCUGCCCGCCGAGCUGGCCAGUCAGAUGAUGCUGCGCGCGUCCCGGUCCGGCAGACCUUAUGAUGUUCCACAAAUUGAAUGCCCGCCAGCCGCGGACGGUAUGGAAAGGUUCGCGUGCCCCACGCCCGACCGCCAGGGGCGCUACCGUUGCAUCGACGACCACGUCCUUUGCGACGGGUUCAUAGACUGCCCCAACGGGGAAGACGAGGAUCGACAGGCCUGCAUGUUUUAUAAAACGACGAAGGCCCACCUGGACGUACUCGCCGACGCGCUUUUGCGGUGGGCGCGCGGCCGCUAAGCUCCCACACUCCCAGACCCUGAAACCCCAGUGCUGUUACGGAAGUUCCCAUAGCGCUGCACGGAUAGACUGACAUUUAAAUUGAUCGGCCAUAUGCACUUGCAUACAGCGAGGGCUGCAAACCUCCACAGGAAAUAUUCGGGCGUAACCAGUCACGUUAACUAGAUGACGCGAUAUUGAAACAUAUCAAGUAGUGGUGCCAUUCUCGAAACUUAACCACUGAAAGUGUAGUGUAAAGAUUCUGACAGCGGACUCUGAUUCGAAAUUCAAACACGUUCCGUUCAGCGCGUGUGCUUCGGAGGACCUAUUGUAUGAAUGCUAGAAAUCGUUGGAAGUAUACCUUAAUGCGACUCGGUUUCGUCCCAAUAAUGAUCUUCGCAGCUGAUUUAUUUCUCAUUUGGUACCUUCUAGCACUUAUUAACUAAUAUGUGAGACUGGUAGUCGACAUUUGUUAGUCGGUAGAAAAUACAUAUUAACAUAAUAAAACUAUUUUAGGUUAACUAAUAGAUCUUCAUUUGUCGAACAUGAACGUUUUUAUGAAUUUGUUACACUAUUUAUUCACUCAAUUUACUCUAUUAUUAAGUUAUUGAUAAUUUCCUUAUUAUGAGGGUUGUAAAGUAUAUAAGAGAUCGGUAAAUAUGUGUAUAUAGCUAAACCUAAUGUGUUUAUUUAGUUACGCGGCCUACAUUUGGCGAUUGGCGGCUGUUUACAGUAUAAAUUGAUCUAUGCAAGCAGUCGCCAUAGGAAAGACUUAUAUGCUAAAUUAUUCAUCAUAAUUUAUAUUAGUAUAAAUGUUUUAUUACUUAUUAUUAUACGAAUGAUCUCGAAGACUUGAAUAUUUCAAUCACACAGCUAUUAAUAUAAUGAAAUAAUCCUAAAAAAUCAUAUAUAACUAAUUAUUAUAAAUUGAAUGAAUUAUUAUCGACUAUUUUAAAGUAUAUUCAUUUUAGGUAUAGAUUUCUUCAUAUGCUGUGACCGAAUUCAUUAUAAUUAGAUAGGUAUAUCACUUCUUUGUUAUAUUAUUUAAGUCUGAGCAGUUGUUUUACACCACAACGAUAUGUUUAUGUUGUAGUAAACUUAUGAUUCAUUUAAAUAAAUAAGCACCUGUUAAUGCUUUAUUAUGUAUAUUUUCAAAUAUACUUACUAAUGAUAUAAGUAAAAAUACCUACUUAUAAUAAACUGAGAAUUCAGCGGCAUCAAUAUAUAGUCGCACCAAAACAAAAAUAUGAAUAUACAGAAUAACGGAAUAAUAUAUUUUUAUUUUUUUUACAUUUAUUUAUUUUAAAUAGUACCUAUAUAACGAGAACUUUAUAAACCUACUCUAAUAAAUACAUACCGCCAACACUAAUGUUCGCAUUGAUUUUUUAAGUAAUUAGGAUAUACAGGAAUAUAAUUGAAUUAAAUCAUUUUAUGUCAAAUCUAUUAAUGUUAUUUAAGCAUAGUUAACUACUAUACACCUAAGUAAAAAAAGUAGACAUAUUUAUUAAAAAAGUAUAUUAUUAGAUCUAGUUAAAAUCAUAAAAUACAGUAGAUUAAUUAUGUUAUAAUAAAUCUACAGUAUUUUUAUCAUAAUUAUAUAAUUAUGAUUCAUUGUUUAAUAAUACAUUGCACAUAAUGUGGUAGUAAGUACUCACUUAUAUAAUUAUUAUAUGCACUAUAUUUUUGUGUCUAGAUUUUAGAUUAAUAAAAUUAAUUGAACACUUUUAUUAAUAAAUUAUGCCCACUGUAUAAGCUACCGUUUCUAUCUUGAUGGCUUGUUACCACCACCAAAAAUGCCAGAUCACGUCUGUACGAUGCAUGAUCUAAUAUAUAUCCAUAUUUAAACUGUUUGGUUUUUAAAACCACACAAUUUUAAUAUGAGGUUAUUUAUGGGACGGAUAAACUUAUCGCUCAAAAACCGGCAUAGCAUUAGCAGUGACACGAGCACUGCAACUAUUUACAGGCGCUGGUGAUCACUUAACAUCACGUGAACGGAAUGCUGGUUUGUUCGGUACUUGAGCGAUGUAAAAAUAUUAAUUAAAAUUAUAGAAUUAUAGCAUAAAAAAUACUAUUCUAAAAUUAACUUUUUAAAAUGCGAACUUUAGUGUAUUAAUGAUAAGUCUUUUGUGAUUUAGGAGGCUCGCCAAAGCAUUGUUUUUAAGUUUAUCUAAACCAAUAUAUAUAUAAAAUGAUAUUAUAUGUAUAUAAGCGUUGGGUUUGAUCAUUCCACUUAAAAUAUUAAAUAAAUACCGUUGUAGUCUGAUAGAACGUAAGUUCUUGAGCCAUCAGUCUCUGCGGUAUUUAAGAUUUAGAUUAGUAAUAAUAAUUUGAAAUAUCUCAAGAUAUUCCAAGACAUAUUGUUUAAAUAAACAUAAAUAUACUCAUUAUCUCGGGAAUGCUUUGGUGUAAAAUCACAUAAUGAUUUAUCAGCGGUGGACCACAAGUUGCACGAAUUAGUUAGGUAGUAAUACCAAUCUAAUUAGAAAUGACGUACCUACAUGAAACACUGAAUUAGCUUCUGAGCUGACUAUCGGUUAAUUAGCAAAUUCACUCAACUAAAGUGUUUAUAUUUGUCUCGGUUUUACAGUAAACGAUUUCAUGUGCUAUGUGCACAUAAAACUUAAAGGUACACAAGUUGAAUUGUAAUAAUAAAUAUAACCUAACUGCUUUUAGAAAAAUUAAAUUAAAUUAAUUAAUUUUUAAAUUAUAUCUUAAUUUUAUUUCGUUACUCAUUUAUUCGAAGCUUUAUCUAAUAAAUGCCAAUGAAUUCUCAAUAUAUUACACUUAAGUAGGAAAUCAGGUUUACACGAGUUAUGAGUCAAUUACUUAUAUGGCAAAUUAAGCAUUUAAUAUCGCCUAUUACUUCAACACAUUGCCGAGGUUUAAUUAUUAAUUAAACAAUUUUUUAAGGGUGUGUGUAUUGGCCAUAAUUUGUAUUAUUGGCGAUUCGAGCUGAAUAUGAGGAUAAAUUAAUUUUUAUAUUAUCUUUCUAAAACUAAACUAAAUCUGAAUAUUAAUCAAUAUUUUAAUUUUUUUACCCAAAAUGUGUUUGGCGGCUGUUAUUAACAUCUCAAAUGUAUCUGUCGUAUAAAUUGUUUCUUCGAUGUCUUAUUUAUAAUUUAUUAGAAAUAAAAGUAAUGCUAAUAAAUAUAAUAAUGUAAUUGCACUCCAAAUUUGCCUGUUUCGUAUGUGCACAGCAAUUUAUUGUGAUAUUUUUAAUAUUAUAGAUUAAGAUGCAAAUCAUGAUCUUGGUGAUAGACUUACCUAUCAAUGUGAUUAUUAAUUUAUACCUAUACGUGUUAUAUGUUAUAAUGAUGUCAGUAUGUAUGAAAUACGGGCUAAUUGUGCGAGUACUAAGUAGGCUUACGGACGGAUAUAUGAUAUUAUGAUUUAUCUAUAAUUCUUUCCACUGCAUUGUUACGUUAACGCAUAAUAUUACUUAGAAACGUUUAGCAAUUUGGGUCAAUUUUUAUCUUCAUAAGAUAUCUAAUCGUCUUCGUUUGAAUAAAUGUUUGUAACUUAAGUGUGGUUAGCUCGUCCAGCCCAAUAUCUAUUGCACAAGUCAUCGCUUUAUCCACGUCAUCAAACCAUUAAUAUCUACCUGAAUUACAUUUUUCUACAACCAUUAUUAUAAUGCUAUCGUAGACGAUGUAUUAUGCAAGCACAAUGUCUCAGUACAAUUACUCAUCACGGAACGCACAUAAAGAAAUUAAGUAAGAUGCAAUUAAUGCUUAAGUACUUAAUCCCUAAUCGUGCUGUAACUGUAGGGUACCCCUAAUGUUUUAGAUUGAAUGCUCAUUAGUCAAUCUCCGUUGAAAUUACAUGUUAUACUUAAUUAUAUAAAUAUUCUUAUACCCUUUUCUCGUAACACCUUUACAAAGGUAGAUACCAUACCUAACUAUUACUCUACCUACGCUCAAUUACCUAAGAGGACAUUAAAGAAAUUGAUAUACUUCAAUGAACUUUAUUGUUGAUGAAACAAUAUUUUUAGAUGACACCCUUGUAGAUGUUAUUUUAAUUUUUCAUAACAAAAUUCACAUUUUCCAAUUUCCGAUGAAUGUUUGCAACCUGUUUGUUACCGUAUUGACGAAGACAUUUUGUAUGAUUUCAGCUAUCGUUUCUCAAAUAAGUAUAUUGUUUAAAAAUGCAACUAUUUUUGUAGAUACUUAUAUACGUUCCAUUACCACUAUAUAGAGAUUUACAUAGGUAUAUUUUCUCAGAAUGUUAUGUUUGCGAGAGACAAACAAUGUAUCAAGUAGGUAUUAUUUAUAACUACACUAAUCAUAAACAUCGCUGAAAUUGAAAUAGGUAAGAAUGUUGAAUAAUAUUUUCCGAUUUUCUAAGAUGUUUUCACUGGGCAAGUCGUUUCAGUUAUCGUUGCCAGGCCUAUGUGAAACAAAGUAGACGUAGUACCUUCGUUCGUUUGUUCCUCAAAACUAAGAUGUCCGAAUACCAUUCCUUUCACCCUCAUUCCGUAACACCACAACUUCCUAUUCUCUCAGAGAACAUUCCUAACUGUCAACAGUGCCAUGCAUGAGUUGCCUUUACAUUCACAGAACAUGUAUCAGCAAUUCAUAUGGCGGUAAUCUUAUAACGACUACGCUAUUUUGUAGGCGUAAUAUACUUUUGGACUAUUUAUUAUGUAUUGUUAAUUACUAUAUAUGUUGUAUUAAGAUAAAAAAAAUCGAAAAAUAAAAAUAAAUGUUAAUAAAUGCCUCAGCCAUAUAUAUUGUGUUUCUAUUGUUUUAAUACGAAUACCUUCUGAUAGUACGGUAGUACUUGUAAUACCAUGGAUUUACCUUUUUAUAUCGCCUAAAAUUUAGGAGUACGAGUAGAUAAGAUAAUACAGGAGUAGCGCGAGGAGCAUGUGUGACGUGCCGAGUAGCAGCGACAGUGAUUAUACCAUUAUUUUGUGGUAGAGGAAACUUUUGUGGAGGUCACAGGACUUGUGAUCUUGGGAGUAGGUUUAAAGGAUCUUUUCAAUGCCCACAGUAAACAAUUUAUGAUAAACCAUUAUUACAACACAAAACGUUAUUUCACAAAAUCACUAACGCGACUGGCAGCGUGACGGUGUCUACGCUGCUUAACAAACAACUGAGCUGAGCACUAUUUAUACCAACACUGAUACCUCCCCUCCACAAUAACAUAAAUAAUGAAUUUUAAUACCACUUGUAGUCGAGGAACUUGUAAAACAGUAGAGGAGUAGAGUAGGGGUAGGGUGGGCGUAGAAUAGAAUAGGGGUAGGAAAUGACUCAACACGAAGCUUGACAGGGUCCGCUAGUAGAUAAUAAUUAGCAUACUAGUGAACCCACCAUCCUCCCAAAAACGCCAAGUUUAU